CCAUUUCAACAUCAAAUCAAGUGAAGUGCACCUGACAUCUUGUCGCCAAAGUAAGGUUAUACAUUUAAAGGAGGCUAUUCAAAUAAGCCGAAAAUGAACUUCCUGGCGAGAAAAGCCCCUCAACUGGCCCUUGUGUACAGCACCACAGUGUCCAGGUUACCAAAAACGCUUUCAGUGCGCCUCAAGAGCAGCAGUGCCCCCAAAAGAGCAGGAUCGUAUUUUAAACUGGGGUUGACUGGGGUGGCCAUGGGGGCCCUAGUUGGCACCGGUUAUACAAUUCACCAGCAAAACAAUCCCAAAGAUCACUUUGUCAACGAGACAUUUUUCAUUGAGGAGCUGGAGGAAAUUCCAGAAAUCAAACCAAGCAGACAGAUGAAAUUCUCUGAGGAUCACAGCAAUUUGAAGCUGACACUGUUCCAGUAUCAAACUUGCCCAUUUUGUUGUAAAGUGAGGGCGUUUUUAGACUAUUACGGCGUUUCGUACGAUGUGGUCGAGGUGGAUCCAGUGCUGAGACAGUCAAUCAAAUGGUCCGAGUAUAAAAAAGUGCCGAUUUUAGUUGCCAAAACCCCAACCGGCUACCAGCCAUUGAAUGAUAGCACAAUGAUAAUAUCAGCGCUGGCUUCAUACUUAAAGGAUUCCGGAAAAUCAAUGGCCGAACUCGUUCAAUGUUUUCCCUAUAUCACAUUCACUGACGACGAAGGAGUGAAGAAAAAGGAAAUAAUGAACAAGUACUUUCUGAUGCUGAGCAACCAACAGUAUAAGAAGGAGAACGACAAGUCUUUGAGUGACGAGAGGAAAUGGAGAAAGUGGGCGGACGAAGUCCUCGUCCACACCCUAUCCCCAAACGUCUACAGGACCAGGGAGGAGGCCUUCCAGGCCUUCAACUGGUUCUCAGAGGUGGGCGAAUGGGAACAGCACUUUCCUAGUUGGGAGAGGAACCUUAUCAUCUAUGUGGGCGCUUCCGCCAUGUACCUGGUGGGCAAGCGCCUGAAGAAGAGGCACAAUUUGAAGAACGACGUCAGGCAGAGCCUGUAUGAUCAAUGCAACGUAUGGGUGUCAGAAAUAAAAAAGAAAGGCACCACAUUCUUAGGCGGACAACAGCCGAAUUUGGCUGAUUUGGCUGUGUACGGUAUACUGAAUAGCAUCGAGGGUUGUGUGGCGUUUAAAGAACUACUGGAAAACACCCGAAUUGGCCCGUGGUACCUUUCAAUGAAACAGGCAGUCUCUGCCCACCAGGGCGCCAAGUUUGUUUAAUUAUAUCUAAUGUUAAAAUGUGUAUAUAUUAAACGAAAUCGUUCCCAAAAAA